AUGUCUUCUAAUAUAGAAGGAAACGAUGCGAUUAAUAAUGAUUCGAUCGGUAAUCACAAGAGUGCCUCAAAUGACUCAACUAUCAAUCAACAAUUAAUAGAUAGUCAUUGCCAUGUACAGGACGAAGCAUUUGACCAUAGUGCACGGAAUCGUCUUGUUGCAGUGCUUUUUGUUUGUUCAAUAUUUCUGAUUAUUGAACUUAUUGGCGGUUUUCUUUCAAAUUCAACUGCUGUUAUGACAGAUGCAGCUCAUAUGGCUAUUGAUCUCGGUAGUUUUCUCAUAUCAUUAACAGCUAUGUAUCUUGGAACAAAGCGACCAACACGAAAACUUUCGUAUGCAUAUGCUAGAGCAGGUUAUUUUAUUAACUAUAGCUGA